AUGGUUGAAGGAUCUUGCUCCACAAAUCUUCCUAAAGCCUUCUGCAAUGAAACUGAUGUAUCUACAGAUGAUUAUCAAAUAUAUAGACGCCGAAAUAAUUGUAAUGAAGCUCAUUUUACACGUAAAAAUAUUCAAGUCGAUAAUCGUUUUGUUGUGCCAUAUAAUUCAUUUUUAAGUCUUACAUAUAAUGCUCAUAUUAAUGUUGAACUAUGUUCAAGUGUUAAAGCUAUCAAAUACAUUAACAAAUAUAUUACAAAGGGUUACGACUGUGCUCAAAUCAGCGUCGAAGUAAAUUCAAACGACAAUUUAAAAAUAGCUGUUGAUUAUGAAGAAAUCAAACAAUAUUUAAAUUGCCAUUAUAUUAGUUCUCAAGAAGCAGCAUGGCAUCUUCAAGAUUUUCCUAUUCACGGUCAAUCUCAUAGUGUCGUCAUGUUGUCUAUUCAUUUGAAAGAUGACCAAUCCAUCUUUUUCGAAGAGAGUCAAACUGAAACUGCUUUGCUACGAGAGGCAGUCGCAUGCAUUACGUUAACUGCCGAUUUCGAUUUAAGUGUUUCAGAUUCGAGUGCUCAUCAAUAUUUAUACUAA